AUACAAAUUUCCAUUCCCAAAAAUGCUGAUGAAAUCCUCUACUCGAUCAGCUCAGAUUCCAACAAACUAAAAUGGCCUUAACAACUCCAAUUUCUUCAUCUUCACAGUUGUUUCAGUUACCGGUAGUUCAUCCGCCCUCUCCCUCGCCGCACAUCCCGUUUUUUAUUCGGUCAAAAUGUCAAGUGAUCGCUCUUCGGAACACCGGUGAUUCUGUGUUUCCGGUUCCACUACUGAAGGUCUUGUCGACUGGUAGGUUCAAUUGUUGUACAAAAUCCACACAGGAGAGAGCGGCGGAUACGUUAACAAGUGAUAAUGAUGAUGAUUCCCGUGAAGAGACUCAUCGGAGUUCCGAUGAUACGGAGAAGGUGGAGGACGGUGGUUCUCGGAGGAAUGUGUCGUCUAUGUCUGAUGCUCUAAACCUGGGGAUUCGUGAACCGAUUUAUGAGGUUGUAGAAGUAAGUUCAAGUGGGAUGGUGUCGACUAGAAAAAUUAAUAGACGGCAUCUACUAAAAUCAAGUGCAGGUCUUCGCCCUAGAGACAUUCGGAGUGUUGAUCCUGCACUGUGGUUGACCAACACAAUGCCCUCAUUGCUGGUUCGUGAGAAUGCCAUACUAUUGAAUUUGGGCUCACUGCGGGCAAUUGCAAUGCAAGAAAGUGUCUUUAUAUUUAAUUACAACCGGAGAGCAGGGAAAGCUUUUAUCGACGCAUUAUUACCUCGCUUAAAUCCCAAAAGCGUGCACGGAGGUCCUGUAAUGCCAUUUGAACUUGAGGUAGUUGAAGCCGCCCUACAUUCACGAAUACAACGCUUUGAGGAUAAACUAAUGGAUUUAGACCCUCGUGUUCAAGCUUUACUUGAGGUUUUGCCAAACCGAUUAACUGCUGGCAUAUUGGAGCAAUUACGUAUUAGCAAGCAAACCUUGGUUGAAUUGGGUUCGAAAGCAGGUGCACUCAAACAGAUGUUGUUUGACAUACUGGAGGAUUCUCAUGAAAUACGUCGCCUCUGUAUUGUGGGCAGAAACUGCAUCCUGAGUAGAAAUGAUGAUCUAGAAUGCUCUGUCCCACAUGAGAAGCAGAUUGCUGAGGAAGAAGAGGAAGAAAUCGAAAUGCUACUAGAAAAUUAUCUUCAAAGAUGUGAAUCAUGUCAUAAUCAAGCAGAAAGGCUUCUUGAGUCAGCAAGAGAAAUGGAAGACUCAAUCUCUGUUAACUUAAGUUCUCGGCGGCUUGAGGUGAGCAGAUUUGAAUUGCUUCUUCAGGUUGGGACCUUUUGUGUUGCAGUUGGUGCUCUGGUUGCAGGUAUAUUUGGCAUGAAUCUAAAAUCCUAUCUCGAAGAACAUGUGUUUGCAUUUUGGCUUACAGCUGGAGGGAUUAUAUUUGGCGCGGUGGUGGCAUUUUUCCUCAUGUACUCGUACCUCAGAGCAAGGAAAAUACUUUAGGCUUCACAUGAAAUACCUACCAAGUUACACUCGAAACCUCAACUUCAUCAGAUUUUCUAGAUUCCAACAAGGAAUUACGUGACUACACAAGUAGAAAAUACACGUGUAAGGAGGUGGAGGAGAUAUGCCCUGCUCCAUGAGAGCAAUCAAAUCGAUCACUUAUUUAGCCUGGAUAUAUCAGUCGCACCGGUUACAGCAUAUAGGAAUUUAGCAAAAUGACCUGAGAAGGCAUUGUUGAUGCUUUGUUCUCAUUGACAAAUAGGUCAGAUGCCAUUUGUGAAGUAAAUUUUAUGUGAGAUGAUACAGUAUUACUAGCAUUGUUACUUAAAAAGCAUUAUCCAUCUGUC